GUCACGUGAAAGAAUGAGACGGGAUUAUAAUUUGUCCAUUUGCGUAUGAAAUCUGUGGAAGGAUUUGUGUAUAUAAAAGGUGCAACUGCGGGCGGAUGAUAGUAGUACUGCAGUUCUAUUCCGAAUUGAACGGAGAUUUUUUAAGAAUUUACGUAUUUCCGAAGGAUUGAGUGGUCAACAUGAAGUUACUGUGGGGUCUUCUACUCGUUUUCGUGCUCAUCGCAUGUGCUGAGAGCGAAGCGUUUAUCCUCCCUUUUCAUCCAUUUUACCCAUUCGUUCGAUUUCUACCAGCCCAAGGACAAGGGCAAGUAGCAUCCCGCGGUGGCUGGGGAGGAAGAGGGGGCAGGUGGGGAGGAUAUGGGGGGUAUGGAGGAUACGGAGGAUACGGUGGUUAUCCAGGAUACGGCGGCUAUGGACGCGGCUAUGGUGGAUACGGGGGUAGAGGAUACGGAGGCAACGGCGGCUACGGCUACCCCGGCUACGGAGGAUACGGAGGAAACUACGGACGUUACUACGGUUGAAGAACCCGAAUCUCUCUCUCCCUCUUCACAACUCACGCGUGGAUCCACAAGAUAACAAUUGAUUAACAGUUAUGAUAACAAAAUAAAUCUGAAGACAAUAUUCUUAACAAAUUUUGUAAUGAUGGUAAUUUCUCAAUUUUCGCCAAGUCCAGUACGGUAAAAACGGAAUAAAAUCGUUGAGGUAACAAUUAACAA